CCUUUAAUUUUAAUAACAGAGAGCUUCACAUGGAAUAAAUCAGGUGGCCUAAGCAAUAUGACACUCACUUAUGCGAAAAUCGAGGUCGAAAAUAUUCUCAGCAUUGUACUACAGCAUUGUAUUUAGAAUAUCUUGCAUUUCGAAACAAUAUGAAGGCUUGAGUUGAUAGGCUUGAGUUGGUAGGCUUGAGUUGAUAGGAUUUUCCUUUCUUUGCUUAAUAUCAAACUUAUUUCUAUUAUUAUUAUGCAGUUAAUUGGGGGUACACAACUUGCAGCUUGUAAUGAUUUCCUAAAAUUUAGAGUGUCAGUAAGCCUUCGCUCUUGGGAAUUAUUGCCACCAGAGGCGCAUUUGUCCUACUUUGAAGUCUCAUGAACUAUUUCAAUGCAAAUAACCGCACAUGAUAGCUUGUUUUAUAUUCAAAAAAUAUCCUUGUAUCUUUUCGGCCCUUCAAUAAACACAGUAUAAGCUACCAAAGAAGUAUGUCAUACCUAAUUUCUUAGUUGCAGGUGUAAAUGCAUAAUUUUAGCUCUAAAUGCAUGGCUACUAAGACGUCGAUUAUUUUAGUUUUGUGAUCAAUUACUUUCAAAUAAUUCAUUUUAUUUUCGCAAAGCUUGGAGAUCCCAAAUACCAUUUGAAGAAAAGCAGUGGUUGUGUUAAAGCAUGGUCCUCGUAAUGUUCUAAGAAUCGUUCUAAAAAUGCUUUGAGAGGGGUCAAUAUAUAUUACAUAAGGUCUUCUAAAGGAAAAUGAGUAGUUGUAUAGGAAUUGGCACUAAGAGAUGCGCAAAGGGUGAUGACUCACAAAGUUAACGAACAUAGGAACCACUCAUCAGCAUUUGAUGCCGCUACCGAAGGGAAGAGAAGAAUAAAGUAAUAGAGUUUAGGCGGUUUCCUAUUUACGUUAUUGUAAGUUUGCAGCUGCUGAAGAAUAUGCAGAAAGUUAUCAAAAGAAAUUUUGUAGUACUGUAAGCACAUUAAAAUGGUCUUGAUUAUUUUGAGGGUUUUAAGAAAGCUAAUUUUUGUGUUUGAAUAAAUAUUGAGAAAAAUAUUAGAACAAAUAUAUGAUUUACGUAAACAUUUGCUUGUGCAUUACGCUUUAGUGGCUUGGUAUCAUAGUGAGAAAUCUGUAUUAAUUUUUUUAGAUUGCAUCAUUUAGAAUUGUUUUUCAAUUGAAAGCAAUCUUGUUCAAAGAGUCUUUCAGCUGGGUUUGAUAUACAUCAGUCACAUGUGAAAGGCAUCAAUGCAUUGAUAUGGAAGCAGGUGGCGCCCUUUAUAGUUUGGUAAACAGUUAAAGAAACAGCAGACGUUGGCUCAUUAAGAAAUUGGUGUACGGGAGUCAGAAGACGAUAUGAAUAUUCGAUGGUGUGGUAAGAGAUGUUUUCCAUUCUGAAACCUUAAAAGUGCAAGGCUGGAAAUUGUCAUAUUAAUUGUUCUAUAUGAACCUGUUAGAUGACUGGGUUCUUAGAUUAAAGCAAGAGACUACAGAAUGAAGAUUCUCAGCGUAAUGGUUUUCCUGAAAUCUGGUCUCGUGCUGUCUGCAUUGAUUUAUUCCGCAAUUGCGCAAAGUUGCAGUAAUAACAGAGUCCACGAAGUGCAUUAUCGUGAUAACAGCGCACAUAUACUUUUCUUCUUAAGCAUCCACAGCAACCUAGCUGGAAAUUGCCAGACAAUCGAUGCAAAAUAUGGUAUGAUGCGAUUAGAAGCGUUUUUCUAUGCUCUUGACUUAGUGAACUUGGAUAUAAAAUCGGUCACAAACUUUGACGUUGGUGCAUUGAUUUUUGACACUUGUGGAAAUGCGAACCAACAAGUAAUUUGUUCUGUUGGCACUACAGAUUCAGUGGUAGGAAUUAUUGGACCGGAAGACUCGUCCCCAGUCCACAUCGCGUCUGUGGUUUAUUCUAGUUUUGAAACCAAAACCGCAGUCGUUACAUACGGUGGAACAAGCGAUCUUCUGCAGGAUGAUCAAGAGUAUAACAAUCUGUUCCACACAGUACCUGGAAACUCAGAUAUGGUUGAUGCUCUCACCGAUAUUGCUCUGCACUACAAUUGGACGUACGUCGCUGUCUUGUAUGCGGCAAAAGAUAGCGACAGUGGAUUUAGCGAAUUCAAAAGUGUAGCCAGCAAAAAAGGAAUCUGCAUUAAGUACUCUGCCCCAGUGCGCAACAAUUACAAAGACUUUUCGUUUUCUGAAGUUCUUGCCCCAUUGAAAAAGCAAAAGAAAGUCGAGGUUAUUUUCCUACUUUUGACUGACGUUAUGGCUGCAGGAUUUUUCAGGUAUAUUUCAAAACACAGCAGAGAGUUUUCAAAUCUGAAUUUUCUUGGAGGUCAGCAUCUUGGAACAAAGGAGGGUAUCCUCCCCAAUGAUAAAUUCAUGGAACUUGGAGUGAUAACUCUUGAGGUAGAGUCUCCACAUGAUCCCAUUUUCGAUAAUUACUAUCUCUCACUAACACCGAAAAACAAUAAAAGAAACGCGUUUUUCAAACCAUUCUGGGAAAAGCUCUUCAAUUGUUCAGUAUCUGAAGAAUUUUGCAACGAGACUGUUUCGUACACAAAACCGCUAAAACGAUGCAAUGGAAACGAGACAAUGUCAGAAGGAAGAGGUUUUUAUGAAGACGUGCCAGUCCAGCCGAUCAUAAACGCAGUGAUGUCUUUUGGUGCCGCUCUCAAGCUAGCUGGUAACGAAACGCCCUUGCACUGUUUGAGUGGGGAAUGUUUUGAAGGAAGCGGUCAGUACAAGAAUCCUGUUUUAGACAAUCUAAAGCAAAUUCGAUUCAAUACUUCAUUAGGCCAACAGUUACAAUUUAAUGCUAAGAACAGGUUGAGACUCAAUUAUACGGUUUAUAAUACACAACUUUGGAAUGGCAACGUCAAAUUCCAUAAUGUAGGCUCUUGGCUAAAUAUUCCACAAGGAAAUAUGAAACAGAGGCUACUUCUAAAUGAUUCAAAAAUGCAAUGGAGGCUGAAAAAAGUUCCAGUCUCACGGUGUGGCUUUGACUGUUCUAGCGGAGAAAUUAGAGUCUAUGAUGCAGUAUAUCCCUGUUGUUGGACUUGA